AUGCUAGGGCUUGAGCAGCUCGCGCGGAUCGAUUCCCGUCUGCGGCAGGCCUUUGCACAGCGUAACCUCGAGUUCUUUGGUGGUGUGAGCAUCCUGCUGGUGGGCGAUUUCUUCCAGUUACCACCAGUCCGACAGAAGCCCCUGUAUUCGACUAGCACCAGCCUGUCUUCGUUGGAAAGGAGAGGGCAGGUGGCCUACCGGCUAUUUGACCGCACCGUCUUCCUGACCACGGUACAGCGCCAGGCUGGUGAUGAUCCGGCCCGGUUCCGUCAGGCGUUGCAGGAACUGCGUGAAAUCAAGCUGUCUAUACCAUCCUGGAACCUCCUUAGCGAUCGGGUUCAGGCCAGGCCAUCGCAGAGCGAGGUUGACAGCUUCAAGACCGCUUUGCGAGUGUAUUCUACAAAGGCUCGGGUCAACGAAUACAACCACGAGCAUAUGGUGCACCUCAACGCCCCGGCGAUCCAGGUGGAGGCAAAGAAUCAGGGCAAGGGUGCGGUGCAGGCACCAAGCGACAACGCUGGCAAUCUAACUAACAAGUUCCCUGUUGCUAAGGGCACCAGGGUGAUGCUCACGAUUAAUCUGUGGCAGCCAGCUGGCCUAGUUAACGGCGCCGACCCAUUGGAAGAAUCCCCAGCUGUUAUUAUGGUGGACUUUGAUAGCUACGAUGGACCGCCAUAUCUAACAACUAACGAGGGCAGGAACAUCUCACCUAUCCUCCCAAGCCUAACGAAGGAUAAAAUAGUUACUGAUCUCGCUACACGCGACUUCCAGGCCGGUAUUAGCUAUGUUGCCGUCUCACGGGUUACCUCGCUCCAAGGCUUACUCCUUGAAGCGCCUUUCGAUCGUCAGAGCCUCUAUAACCACACGCCGACGGAAGGGAUGAAGAUGCGCCUCGCUGACCAACAACGGCGUCAGGGUCAACAGCUGAGCGAUCCACCGUAUCCACCACUCUACCGUCACUAA